AACAACACACUAGCUCACCGACCUCGACAACGACAACAACUCCACCGCACUAUCGAUAAUUCUUGCUAUCAAUCAGUUGGCAUCUUUUGGAUGAGACACGACUUGCUUUUCUGCGGGCGUUGACCGCUUCCAACGAUCCGAGUAAGACAUGCCCUACAGCGCAACUUUUUCCAGCCCCAUAGCAGCCUAGCCGAGUACUUGGAGCUUAGGGACCAAGUGAAAUGGCUGAUUCGGGAACUGUCAUCUGUCACCUGCAGACUAUUCGAGACAGAGUGGAAGUGGUUGAGAAUACAAUACUUGGACGAAACAUCGCCCUCUCACAACAUCUUCUCAAGCGUAUUGUCUCGGAUUGAUCCUAGUUCAAAGGCUAUCUUACGGCGGCCAUAAAUACACAAUCAUACCACUUGAGCCAUUCUACGCCUGGCCGAGAGCAGCCGCCAACGUCAGCUCGGCUAAAACACCUCCACUGUCAACACUAACGCAACCAGGAUGGAUCCUUUCCGUUACCGCAAAGCAUAUGCGGCGAUGCUACAGGCGACACAGCUCAUUGAACAACGACUUCAACAGGGUGUCGAUUCAGAAGUUGAGCCGCCUGAGCAACAUGAUGCAUCAAGCGCCGCGUUCCAAGAUCAGGACCCCGACAGUAUGGACUGGACUCCUACAGGUGGCAGGACACCCACUACAGCUGCAGAAUGUGGUCCACCACCUUCGUUGUCCGAGAAGUUGCGACCGCUUUUGCCUGGCGCAGGGGAAGGCGACAUCCAAGCUUUGGAUCGGGGGGACAACGCUGUGCUCCUUCACAAGCUGAAGGAGGGUAAGCUUAUGGAUGAGUGUAUCGACAAACUUGUCCAGGGUCUACCUGAUGCGCUCAGCUACAACAACUCUGCAUCCUUCACUCCUUCGACGAUAGAGGUUUCGAAAGACUUCGGGUUGCAACUAUCGAUCUCUAUCAAUCAUCACAUGGCACAAAUAGCAGACCGCAAAGCACUCGAGAAGUAUCGACGGUUGCUAGGUCACCGCAAAGAUGCGGCAAAGCGUAGGCCUAUCAAGCUUGGAUUUGAUCCUGUCGAGUUGAUCAAGAAGCAAGCCGUUACGUUCGCGGAGAACGUUGUAUCUCCGAAUUACACACUCAACAACGACGUUCACCCCAUCUUUCGUCCAGAGAACUGGCAUGGAUGCCCUGAUCACAUCUACGAAGUGCUGAAGCCGGGUAUGCAGCUUGCGACAUUGUUUCUGACAUCUCGAGCGACUGCACACUAUUGGCAUACGCUUGUAUUCGGCGAACGAGAGCCAUGUGCCAAAACCUCGGAAGCGUAUGGUCAGCCAUGUCAUCGCAUUCGAGAAGAUGUCCCUUGGUCGGAAGAGCGGCACGUUGCUUUCAACAAUUUUCUGAGCAACCAGUUGGAUACGGUCUACUUCUGCUUUCACAACGACCCUCUACCGCCAGAAACCGUCUACGCGUCCAUGGGAUUGGUAAGAGACUACAAGAACGGCCUGAUACGCAAGAUGAACGAUAAAUGCCAUACAUCUCGCAUUUGCUUGCACUCAGACUUCUACACCACCGCAAAGAAGCUGAGUCUUUUGCGCUACCGAGAGCCGGCCAUGGUUUUGCGGUUCAAUCUGUUCCUCGCUAUCUGCCUCAGCCACGAGAUCGCACACUUCUGCGAGGUGUCGGGCCCACACCACGAUCAUCCCUUAUUAUCAGAACCUGAGGUCUUUUGGGGCGACAACAUGUGGACGGAGAGCGGUAUUGCGUUCGAGACCAAGGUCUUCGGCGGACGUAUACAUCCGCUUUCGAGCCGCAUAGACUGCAGUCUUGGCUUAGCAUGUCUCGACUACCCACUCAAGGAGCUCUACGACAAGGACGAAAACGUACUUUACGCCUUAUCCAUGGACUACAUCCUCAAGCUGCAGCAGAACGAUACCUGGCAGCAAGACUUCAGCAAAACCGGGUCCGAUGUUUUCUUUGUCCCGCGAAACGGCAGCAAGUCAGUGGAGAUCAACGGUGCCAAUCUGAUGAUCUGGGAAGACGAGAACGACGCGGACAUAUCAGACCAUAUCGAUGGAAAAGAGACAGAGUGGAAGCGUAUGGACGACGGGUCUAUCGCCAAGAACCCCAACUCGAACAAUCGCAAGCCUCAGCGACCGCCCAUCGUCCAACGCUGGAGCCCAUACGGCCACAAGAGGAAGAACACUGCGGGAGGGGUGUCGUGUGUAUCAACAGAGGUAGUCAACGAAGUCGACGAUACUGCACCAGGAGCACCUGAGCCAGCGGUGACAGCGGAUGAGGAGGAGGAUAUUGAAGACUCCAAAAAGCUCCCAGAUCAGGAUAUGGUCUGAUGUGGACGUAGUGGAAGACCGCUCAUGACCUGAGAGGUGGACUUGUUGCAUGUGCAUUCAGCAUCAGCGUUUGGAUACCAUAGCAUUGUUUGCGCUGCAUAGCGACCGCCUUGUCACUAGGAUAACAAACG